CGCGGCGCUGGCGUUUGACAAUUCCGUUUCGGGCAGCUGCAGAGCCAACCUAGAAAUCUUCUUUUCAUCAUUGACUCACCUCACCUAAGUUUCUUCAACCAUCCGGCGGGUGUAAGUCCCACGGUUUGUCAGUUGAAAAAUAACAAAAUCACGAUCUUGCCCAUGCGCAUACAGUAUUCCGAGGCCGCUCGGUUCACUUCCACUUUUAAGCCAGGUCGGGGGCGAAGUGAAGGUCGACUUGGACUCGUCCAAAUCUACCAAAACACCAGCCAACUCAGUCCGGCCUUGUUUGAGUGAGGAGCUCAAAACCAGCGCGCAAGAGAAGAAGAGCGAGCCAUGGCCUUCACAAUGCACUCCCACUCGGGCCAGUUCUGCCCAGGGCACGCCAAGGACCAACUCGAGGACAUCAUUCUGCAUGCCAUCAAGAUCGGCUACAAGACCAUCGGCCUGACCGAGCACAUGCCCCGCACCGCGCUGUCCGACCUGUACCCGGAAGAGCUCCUCCCAUCCCCAGAAGAAUCCCUCGCGGCCCUCGCGCCGCGCCACGAAGCCUACCUCGCCGAAGCGGCGCGCCUGCAGGCGAAGUAUGCCGCGCAGAUCCGCGUGCUGAUCGGCUUCGAGGCGGACUGGAUCCGCGCGGCCGAGUAUGGCCCGCUCAUCCGCUCCCUGGCGGCCAAUCCGGCGGUCGACUACUUUGUGGGCUCGCUGCACCAUGCGAGGGGCAUCCCGAUCGACUUUGACGCGGCCAUGUAUGCACAGGCGGUCGCCGCGUGCGGUGGGACGGAGGAGGGGCUGUGGGAGGUUUAUUUGGAUGAGCAGCUCGCUAUGUUGCAGGAGGUGAGGCCACGGGUGGUGGGGCACUUUGAUCUGCCUAGAUUGUUUAGUGCGUCCGUUGGGAGGCCGUCCUCCGGUGGUGGUGGUGGUGGUGAUGGUGCUGAUGGGGAUGGGGAUGGGGAUAGGGAUGGGGAGACAAAAAUAAAAAGGUUGACGGAGUGGAGGCGGGUGUGGGAGCGGGUGGUGAGGAAUCUGGAGUUUGUGAGGGCUUAUGGAGGGUGGUUGGAGUGUAAUACGAGCGGGCUGCGGAAGGGCCUGGCCGAGGCGUACCCGAGCCGGGAGAUUGCCCAGGAGUGGGUGAGGAUGGGAGGGAGGUUUACCUUCUCGGAUGAUAGCCAUGGCAUUGCGCAGGUGGCGACGAAUUACCACAGGGGGUUGGAUUACUUGGAGGGGCUCGGGGUGAGAGAGCUGUGGACGCUGGAGAGGAGACCUGGGACGGGGAGUGAAGGGGCAAAGACGGAGGUGGUUAAGAGGAGCGUGACGAUAGACGAGUUUCGGGCGAGUUUGAGGUUAUAGUAGGGUGAAUGUUGGGAGGAAACCUGGGAGGUUUCUUAUUUGCGAGGAUUUUC